UGCGCAGCUUGAAUUACAUUACAGAAUUGAAACGUCAUACUCUGUACCAGAAAGUAGUGCAGUGUUUAGUGCGUUUUCGUGAUAAAAAUAAGGAGAUAAGGAUUUGAAAGUUUGAUUUCAAUUUAGAUAAUAUUAAUAUUUCACAAUAACGAGUAAAUUAGGUGACCAUCCUAUCCACUUUUGCGAUUUUCAGGUAUCCCUGGAACCAUGGACGAAGACAAUAAAAGCUCGACCGUUGUAGAAACACCGAUACAGCAAAUCUCCGCGCAAACGGAGAGCAACGGUUUGGAGGAGUCGUCAGCACAACAGACCCAUCAAUGGAUGUACCCAUAUGGGAUGUCGGUGUAUGGACAAUACCCUGGUUACACCGAGGGUUACAACCAUCCAUCGUACGCUCACUAUUAUCAGUAUUAUUCACAAGUAGGAUAUGGACCGUACAUGAGUUUUAAUAGCAAAUCAGACGAGUUAGACGGAAAGAAAAUUUCGGACAGUGACGAUGGGAAGAUAAAUCCCCCUCUACCGCCAGGUCCUCCGCCACCUACCACCGCGCCAACUCCAACUCCUUUCAUAAGCAAACCCCCAAUUUACAACCCCCCGAAACCAUUCGGUAACAUUAGGUUUAGUUUUAACAACAAACGACAUGCCAAUGACAAUACCCCACAAACCAAUUCGCUAACCAGCGGGGCCGCCAAGAAGAAACGUAAACGUAACAAAAUCAAUCAAAACUUAUUCAAUCAGCAAAACAACUUUUACAAUAAUUACAACUUGCCCCCGCUUCCUCCAUCUGAAAACCAACAAACGAAACCGACACCUCCUCCACCCGAAAUUAUGCCUCCAUUACCGCCAGUGCCUCCGCCAGACACGUCGGUACCUCCCCCGCCUCUACCCUCAGAACCGGCGAAACCCAUCAUAAUGAAACCAAAACCGAACGCCUUCAACAAUCCGACGGACGACUGGCCUCAGGAUCUCAAGGACUACGUCAAUCGCUGCUACGCAAAGUGCAAGACGAACAUCGACAAGGACCAGGUCGACAUCGUACUGAAGGGGAAAAUAACGCAGGCCGCAUCGUCGGGCGAAUUAUGGGUAAAAGAUUGGUCUAAAGAGCCUUUGCCGAGUAUACAUAGCGAACGUAUGAAUUUAGUUCCGAAAAAAUUACCCGACCAAUUAUCUCACUAUCAGAAUGUGCCGAAGAAAGGUAUCUCCGUCGCUAUGGGCGCCCGACUGGGCGCGAGAGCGUCGACGUUACGCGGAAACAGUCGGUCGUCUUCAAGUUCCAGGUCGUCAUCACGGUCCCCGACGAAUAAUUAUAAGAAGUCGAAUUCAAGGAGUCCGCACAGGCGGAGGUCUUCCAGUUCACCGUUGAGCGACGAGAAUUAUAGGUCCAUAACGAAAACGCCGAAGAACAAGGGGAGGGGUAAAUUAAUUGAUAGACUGGGCGUGACCAAAAAACAAACUGCAAAACAGCUCAAAAGGCAAAAGAUGAAGGAGAAGAAACAGUUCUAUACGGAGUUCGGCGUGUCCGUCGAAGAAAACUCCGAGGUGCUCCAACAGAGAGCGGCACGGUUUAGUUCGGGCCCGAAGGCGCCCGCGGACGCGAACGUUACUAUUUUCAAUGGUAACGGGAAGAAAAAGAGGACGAUGUUCGCCGAUAGCUUUAAUAAUAAAUUUAUAGAAGAUCCGAACGGCGACUUUGACUGGACAGAAUUUCACAUUGUGGGUACUUGUCAGGACGUCGAAAAGUCGUUCCUGCGACUAACUAAGGCCCCCGAAGCUUGUGAAGUACGUCCAGUCGAAGUCCUCAAAUUGUCCUUACAGAAUGUUAAAGCGAAGUGGAUCGAGAAGCAGGACUAUUUUUACGCCUGCGAUCAGCUCAAAUCGAUCAGGCAGGAUUUGACGGUUCAAGGUAUAAGAGACCGGUUCACCGUCGAGGUGUACGAGACGCACGCGCGCAUUGCGUUAGAGAAAGGGGACCACGAGGAGUUUAAUCAGUGCCAAACGCAACUCAAAAUGUUAUAUUCAGAAGUCGGAGGCGCGCAUCGUAACGAAUUUACGGCGUACCGGUUACUGUACUAUAUUUUUACCAAGAACACUUUAGAUAUUAUGACGAUGAUGAAGACUCUUUCGCCCGAGGAAAGGCGGGACGAAACAAUCGCGUUUACGUUAAGGUUAAGAUCUGCGUGGAGUUUAGGCAAUUUUCACAGGUUCUUUAGGCUAUACGGAGAGGCUCCGUGCAUGACCGGAUACGUCAUGGAUUGGUUUACGCAGCGGGAACGAAUAAAUUAUUUUAAGGCCUUACUGAAAAGUUACCGACCGCAUAUUUCCGUGAGCAAUGUGACCCAAGAGUUGGCAUUCAAAACUGAGGAGGAAUGUUUAGGCUUUCUUGACACUUUCGGGCUCACUUUUACGGACGUCGACCGAACUUUAAUUGAUUGUAAGGCGAGCAUGGCCGUUUUACCCAGCAUCUGAGUUCCGGCCUAAUUAUUGUCUUCUUAAUUCUCCAUCUCACGUUUGCCUACCAUCGAAAUUCUUCCUCUAAUCUCGCAGAGUUAACGAGGAAUGCGCCACACUUCUCAUUUUAUCUCUUUGCCAAUCAAAGCGAAAUCCUUGAUUGCAAUUCAAAUGAUCUCGUAAAAGACUUGUUGUUGUUAUAUAUAAUUUAUAUGUUGAAGUUCUCCAGAUGUGAAGUGCUCCAGAAUCAAUUACGACAAGCGAUUCGGAAGUGUUAGAAUAUAUUAUUUAUAAUACCUUUGAAAAACUGGUAUGGCGGAGUACCUACCCACUAAUGGUAAAGACCAUUUUGUUUAUCGAGGGUUGUACAAAGUACAUCCUUACAUAUAUGUAAAUAAUUGUAUAUAGUGUUAAAUUAAAGCGAUUUUUAUUAAAUUAAAUUUUUAUUA